CCUUCGGUGCCAGUCUCGUCUCCCAUUUUCCCAUUGCCCUGGCGAAGCUGCGGGAAGAACAGCCAGGCUUGAGGAAGUGGGCAGAGUACCCAGACUGCCGGGCCAGGAGGACGGCGGGCAGGGAAGGCGCUAUCCUGGGCACCCCCAAGAAGAAAGACGUCAUUGCCUCCAUCAGUAGCUCCGAAGAGAGAUUUAAGGACAGGAAGAGAGGGGUGGGGUGGGAUUUCUGAGCUGAGACGACUGUUAAGAGGCAAGAGGAGAGUCCCAGAGCAGGGAGGAAGGCCCGAGAGGGAGGGAACGGAUCACGUGUGUCCCCUGUGGUCUGGAAGCCUAGGCUUCUGAACAGCUUGUUCGGGGUGGCUGAGCCCCACCCCAGGCCCCUCGGUGGCAUCUGGAAGAUUCUCUGACUGGUCCAGAACUACAAGAAAAAGAGACUUGCAAGUCCCAGCGUGGGGAUCAGAGCUUCCCAGCCAGCCUCCUAGCCAGCUUGCUUCCUCCAGCUGUUAUGGGACACUUGAGGAAGGGCCCCACCCACCAUGGAGGCUGAGGCCCUCCUCUGCUGACCCACCUUCUCCUCUCCUCGCCUGCCCUGGCCACUUGGCCUCAGCUGGGUCAGUCAUGCACUACUGAGUACUGGGGGGGGGGGGGUGACCUGGUGGUAGCCUGCCUGGCUACGGGGCAGGGACUGUGGGCAUCAUGGGGGCUUGUGCAAGCGGAGCUCCCGGGUGAGACCUAGCCCCCGCCCCCAGGAGUUCAAGGGGGUGGGGGGCUGAGGAUAGGAUGGCUCGUGGCGGGCUGGGGGCAGAAGAGGCCUCCCUGCGCUCAAAUGCCUUGUCCUGGCUGGCCUGCGGGCUGCUGGCCCUGCUGGCCAAUGCCUGGAUUAUCCUCAGCAUCUGCGCCAAGCAGCAGAAGCACAAGCCCCUGGAGCUGCUGCUCUGCUUCCUGGCGGGCACGCACAUCCUCAUGGCCGCCGUGCCCCUCACCACCUUCGCCGUGGUGCAGCUGCGGCGCCAGGCCUCCUUGGACUACGACUGGAACGAGAGCAUCUGCAAAGUCUUCGUGUCCACCUACUACACGCUGGCCCUGGCCACUUGCUUCACCGUGGCCUCGCUCUCCUACCACCGAAUGUGGAUGGUGCGCUGGCCCGUUAACUACCGCCUCAGCAAUGCCAAGAAGCAGGCUCUCCACGCCGUCGUGGGCAUCUGGAUGGUGAGCUUCAUCCUCUCCACACUGCCCUCCAUCGGCUGGCACAACAACGGCGAGCGCUACUAUGCCCGGGGGUGCCAGUUCAUAGUGUCCAAGAUCGGCCUUGGCUUCGGCGUCUGCUUCAGCCUCCUGCUGCUCGGGGGCAUCGUCAUGGGCCUGGUCUGCGUGGCCAUCACCUUCUACCAGACGCUGUGGGCCCGGCCCCGCAGGGCUCGGCAGGCCCGAAGAGCAAGGGGCAGCGGGGGAGCCAAGGCCGGGGGGUUGGGAGGCCUGGGUGCCCGUCCAGCUUUCGAGGUGCCAGCCAUCGUGGUGGAAGAUGCCCGAGGGAAGCGGCGGUCCUCACUGGAUGGCUCCGAGUCGGCUAAGACGUCCCUCCAAGUCACCAACUUGGUCAGCGCCAUCGUCUUUCUCUAUGACUCGCUCACGGGGGUGCCUAUCUUGGUGGUGAGCUUCUUCUCCCUCAAGUCAGACUCGGCCCCACCGUGGAUGGUGCUGGCCGUGUUGUGGUGCUCCAUGGCACAGACGCUGCUGCUGCCCUCGUUCAUCUGGUCCUGCGAGCGCUACCGGGCGGACGUGCGCACCGUGUGGGAGCAGUGCGUGGCUAUCAUGUCCGAGGAGGACGGCGAGGACGAUGGGGGCUGUGAUGACUAUACGGAUGGCCGAGUGUGCAAAGUUCACUUUGACGCUAACGGGGCCACAGGGUCAGGGGCCCGAGACCCCACCCAGGUGAAGCUGCUGCCUGGACGCCACAUGCUCUUUCCCCCUCUCGAGAGAGUCCACUACUUACAGGUCCCUCUGUCCCGCCGGCUGUCCCAUGACGACACCAACAUCUUCUCUGCUCCCCGGGCACCGGGCUCCUUCCUGCCCAAGUGGUCGUCCUCUGAUGACAUCCGGAUCCUUCCCGCCCAGAGCCGGGCCCUGGGUGGCCCUCCUGACUACCUGGGACAGAGGUGCACGCUGGAGGACAAGGACAUAGAAGAGGCUGAAGGGGGGGGUCUGGCCAGCCUGCGCCAGUUCCUUGAAAGUGGGAUUCUGGGAUCAAGUGGGGGACCCCCCCGGGGCCCCGGCUUCUUCAGAGAGGAGAUCACCACCUUCAUUGAUGAGACUCCUCUUCCUUCUCCAACUGCCUCACCAGGACCUUCUCCUCGCCGACCCAGGCCGCAGGGCCUCUCACCCCGGCGACUGUCCCUUGGGUCUCCUGAUAGCCCAGCUGCUGGGCUUCCUUUGGGGUUAAGCGCCGGGAGACGUUGUUCCCUGGCAGGGAGCGAGGGCAAUGCACGGGCUUGGGGAAGACCGUGGGGCCCAGGAAACCCCAUCUUCCCCCAGCUGACCCUGUGAAGCCCAAAUGGGCCUGUUGGACUCAAGAGGAGGGGUCCUGGGUGAAUGCACCUCACUGAGGCCCUGAGCCUAUGGCAGCUGCCUCCAGACUCCAGGGAGAUGGGAACUAGAUCUGGGCUCUGGAGCCCCCUUUUUUUCCCCUUACAAUGACCAGACCAGACAUCCCACUCACCUUCCGUCACCUCUAGCAAAAUGUAUUAAAGUCUGAAGUGUUGCCAUGGAAA